UGCGUCCUGCUUGCUUGACGUAGCCUGUCAAAAUGGCGUUGUUCGUAGUGGGAGGCUGGAGCUAGUUCAUAUUACUCAGUCGCAUUUAUUCAAUUAUUAGGCAACACACGAAACGUUUGCCGCGGACACCAUGGCAACUCUGGAUCAGAAAUCACCCAACGUCCUCCUCCAGAGCCUCUGCUGUAGAAUCACGGGGAAAAGCGAAGCUGAAGUCGCCCAUCAGUUCCAGUAUGCGGUGCGAGUCAUUGGCAGUAACUAUGCUCCCACAAUCGAACGAGACGAGUUCCUGGUGUCGGAGAAGAUCAAGAAAGAGUUGUUGAAGCAGAGGAGAGAAGCUGAUGCUGCUCUGUUCUCCGAGCUGCACAGAAAACUUCAGACACAGGGUGUUCUGAAGCAUCGCUGGUCUGUUCUCUACCUGCUGCUGAGCCUUUCUGAAGACCCCCGCAAACCGUCCAGCAGGGUUGGAAACUAUGGGGCUCUGUUCGCCCAGGCCCUCCCCAGGGACGCCCACUCCACCCCGUUCUACUGCACCCGUCCUCAGAGCCUGGCCCUGGGCUACGCCGAGAGGAGCGCCGGCCUCUCCGCCAGCGUGGGGACCAGCGGGAUUUCCAGCCUUGGAGUCUACACACUGAACGGACCCACGCCGACGCCACAGUCGCUGCUGUCCGGUCAACCUCCUCAGUCUGCAGCCGCUCAGCCUCUGGGCUCACGGUUAGCGUGGGCGCUCCCUGUAAGCUCCUCCCCUUCCUCUGCUCUGGCUCCGCCCACCGCUCGACCGCCGCUCGGGCCUCCGGUUCCGGCCGCCAGAGUGAUCCGUCCUCGACGAGACGGAGAUGCAGCCGGUGAGGUGAGCGAGGCGGCGCUGGUGCGUGACAUCCUCUACGUCUUCCAGGGAAUAGAUGGCAAGUUCAUCAAGAUGAACGCCCAGGACAACUGCUACAAAAUAGACAGCAAGGUGGUGCUGUGCAAGUCCCUCAGAGACACCAGCAGCCGACUGGCCGAGCUGGGCUGGCUCCACAACAAAGUCAGGAAGUACACCGAUGCCAGGAGCCUGGACCGGGCCUUUGGAUUGGUCGGACAGAGUUUCUGUGCCUCGCUUCACCAGGAGCUGAAGGAGUACUACAGGCUGCUCUCUGUGCUCCACUCACAGCUGCAGGUGGAGGAUGACCAGGGUGUGAACAUGUGCUCAGAAAGCAGUUUGACUCUCAGGAGGCUGCUGGUCUGGAUGUACGACCCCAAAGUCCGACUCAAAACGCUGGCCGCCCUCGUCGACUACUGCCAAGGUCGUAAGGGAGGCGAGCUGGCUUCGGCGGUCCACGCCUACGGGAAAACUGGAGACCCACAGAUGAGAGCGCUGGUUCAGCACAUCCUCAGCCUGGUGUCGAACCCCAUCCUCAACUUCCUCUACAGGUGGAUCUACGACGGGGAGCUGGAAGAUACCUACCACGAGUUCUUUGUAGCGUCGGAUCCCAACGUGAAGACGGAUCGUCUGUGGCACGACAAGUACUCCCUCAGGAAGUCGAUGAUCCCCUCGUUCAUCACCAUGGACCAGGCCCGCAAGGUUCUGCUGAUCGGUAAAUCCAUAAACUUCCUGCAUCAGGUUUGUCAUGACAGGACGCCGCCGGGAAAGAUCACAGCAGCGUCCAAGUCUGCAGACACUCCUAAGGAUGCUGCUGAGCUGCUGUCGGACCUAGAGGGAGCGUUUCAGGAGAAAAUUGAUGCCGCUUACUUUGACACGAGCAAAUACCUGCUGGACGUUCUCAACCGCAACUACCUGCUGCUGGAGCACCUUCAGGCCAUGAGGAGAUACCUGCUGCUGGGCCAGGGAGACUUCAUCAGACACCUCAUGGACCUGCUCAAACCUGAGCUAGCGCGUCCUGCCACCACUUUAUACCAACACAACCUGACCGGUAUCUUGGAGACGGCAGUCCGAGCCACUAACGCCCAGUACGACAACGCAGAGAUCCUCAAGAGGCUGGACGUACGCCUGCUGGAGGUGUCUCCUGGUGAUACAGGUUGGGAUGUUUUCAGCCUGGACUACCAUGUUGAUGGACCCAUUGCUACGGUGUUUACAAGGGAGUGUAUGGGCCACUACCUGCGUGUGUUUAACUUCCUGUGGAGGGCCAAGAGGAUGGAGUACACACUGACUGACAUCUGGAAGGGACAGAUGUGUAACGCCAAACUGCUCAAAACCAUGCCCGAGCUGUCCGGCGUGCUGCACCAGUGUCACAUCCUGGCCUCCGAGAUGGUCCACUUCAUCCACCAAAUGCAGUACUACAUCACCUUUGAGGUGCUGGAGUGCUCCUGGGACGAGCUGUGGAACAAAGUGCAGCAGGCUCAGGACCUCGACCACAUCAUCGCCGCCCACGACGUCUUCCUGGACACCAUCAUCUCCAGAUGCCUGCUCGACAACAACAGCAGGUCUCUUUUGAACCAGCUGAGGGCCAUAUUUGACCAGAUCAUCGAGUUUCAGAGCGCCCAGGACUCCCUCUACCGCUCAGCGCUGGAGGAGCUCACCCUCCGCCUGCAGUACGAGGAGAAAAAGCAGCAGAGAGAGGAGGAGGGCCAGUGGGGAGUGACGGCCGAGCAGGAAGCAGAGGAGAAGAGGAGGGUUCAGGAGUUUCAGGAAACCGUACCAAAGAUGCGCUCCCAGCUCCGCAUCCUCACCCACUUCUACCAGAGCAUCGUCCAGCAGUUCCUGGUGCUGCUGAUGACCAGUUCAGAUGAGAGUCUGCGCUUCCUCAGCUUCAGACUGGACUUCAACGAGCACUACAGGUUUGGAUCACACAGUCAGGGCCCGAGAGCCGAGACUUCGAGCCUCACUGGGCGCCACCCGGGGACGACGAAUGUCAAAUAUCUGACACGACGGCGACGUUACUGACAAACGACAUUUCUCGCAUCGGAGCGCUGGGGGGUGUGACAUCACAGAGACUGAUAGCAGACUUUUAAGCGUCGGGAUGAUGUCAUGCCUUGGAGGAACGAUCGCGGCAUCGCAGGCGGCGACGGUCGCCAAGAGAUGACAUCACAGGGAAGCCGGCUGAGGAAUAAACUUUCGGACGCCCCGAUUGGACGGCUUCGGCAAGGUUCCUGCAAAGUGCGAGCGAGUUUUGGAGGUGAGAAACGCUGCCGUCAGACUGAGCUCCCCGACUCACACAGGGCCACCGUACAUGGCAUGCCUUAUUAAAACGAGAAGAAAGAAAAGCAAAGCCUCUUUUUCUCGGCGUGGUUGCCAAAAUCCAGUCCCAAUGUAUGUACAUAGAGUUUAUGCAAAAAUGUAUGUAUGUAUGUGUAUCUUUCCACAUCGACACCUGUGGCUUUUUUUCCAUCUUCUCACUAGGGUUCGACCGAUAUAUGGGUUUGAUAUCGAUGUUUUUUCAAUUUUGUACCUGUAGCAGUUAUUAAAAAUCCAUUUUGGUGCAAUUCUUCGAGAGAGAGCUGCCACUGCUGGAGGUUUGUUCUCGAAAUUUGGACACACAAGGCUAACGUUUACCGCUUUAUCGGUCUAACCCUAGUCCCUCUGCACUCUCCGACUUAAAAUCCAGGGUUUUUUUAGGUCAGCUUGAUCACAAUCAUACAGGAGAUGUGGAGUUAAACAGCACACACACAGAAAGACCAUACAGACACAAACUUUACUCUUUAAUCAGAUUCAUGAGACGACUCCCUAACGGAGAAUCAGCUGAUGUAAAGAAUGUCAUUAAGGGUUAGUUUUAGGGCUGCAACUAACGACACGUUGACCAACGUCUGAGCACGAUACGUCAUCAAAAGCGGAAGUGAGCGCGCAAUGCAACAGAAAUCUCCGUCCGACUGGAGCGCGGAACACGGACGGACAUCCACGAUCUAUCGUAAGAGUGGAUGUCAGUGUUUUUCUAUACAGCAAUCGGCGCUGCAUCAUGCAUACAUAAUACAUGCACGAUACAGCGCCGAUGUCCGUCCGUGUUCCACGCUCCGGUCGGAUGGUGAUUUCUGUUGCAUUGGGUGCACAUUUCUGCUUUUGAUGACGUAUCGUGCUCAGACGAUUAGUCGACGCGUCGUUAGUUGCAGCCCUAGUUAGUUUAUAUUUAAGCAUUUCUUCCCUUCAUUUCCCUGCUUAGCUUCAUGUCUGUAUGAGAUCGUGUUCAGGAAUACAAUCCUCACAACCACAACAACCUCACUUCUUCUCGCUCCAUAAACACACAGAAACUAUAAAAAAAGUGUAAAUAUUUCCACGUUUAAAUGAUUAUUUGUUCUAAAUGUUAACUCGAGCGGUUUAUUUUCUGAUAAAAGGAGUCUAUUCUGACAUUAUAAAGAAGAAAACAAGUUUAUUUAAGUGAGGUUUGAAGAUGGUGUUCAAGGUGAGUUUAUUCAGAACUGUAGCAUCGUUUCAGGACGGAAAUAGAACCUUUAAUAGUUUUACUCAUUUCUGUUCUGCUCUGGAUCGCUAGAACUUACAGAUUUGUUCUUGUUGGUGUAUUUAGCUCCUAGAAUUCCACAGCACAAGCCUCACAUACUUUCAAAUCAGAAUAUAAAUGAGCGAAUUAACAUUUUUGAAUCCAUUUAUGACCCAAACCUGCGCAGUGAGGUCUGCUUUGCUUCAGACGUCGCAUGUUGGAUUUCCCUUUUGUAGUUUUCUUUCAAAAAAACUGAGAUGUUCAUUGAGGUUAGAAACCAAGUUGUUUGUAUUUUAAUCAUCAAAUUAUACAAUCAGCCGUGAAUGUUGUGCAUAAUCUGGUCUCCAAUUGAGGAUCAGAUGUUUUAAAGACUAAAAAAAAAAAAGCCAGAUUUACCCCAAGUACAACCUUGUGCGCCUCCUCUUCCCUCAAAUUCCCAUUCAACUAAACACAACAACACAAAAAUGAGACUACAAGUAGUUUUGUUGGCUUUUUUUCAUUUAAAAAGUUCUCCAGCAGUGCUGUUCAGAUGUUUGUCUGGUUUCCUCCUGCACAUUACCAAGCUGCAGUACAUUUCAGGUUUGUAGAGUAUUCCUCCUCAGCAGCAUCCCACGGUGACUUCAGGAACAGGUAUCCUCCAACAUCAGCCCUGGAUUCUCCGUGCACUUCCAUAAAUGCGUGUGUGGUGAUGCUCCGGAUUUAAUUUUUUAUCGUCGGCGAAACAAAUCGGUGCUGCGUACGGUCCGUAGACCGCUUUACUGCUUUCUGACAAUGACUUCCUUCAUGUGUGUGUAAAGAAACGAGUGAAAUCCAACCGGCCCUGGGUCUGCACCUGUGCUCCGUCUGUUUCUCUGUACUCUACAUUGUAUAGCACAUAAUGUAUAGAAAAUAGGGAUGCAAACCAUCCCGCUUCCUCUUUAAUAAAAUGUUUUUGUUUUUAA